AUGCAUUUCUCACAGUAUGGGGCCCUUCUGGGGCUCCUUGGCUCCGCCGUUCAGGCCAACCCAGUAAAGCCUGGCAGCGUCGUCGUCAGGUCGUCCGAGAACGAGGCCAGAGGACUCUUGACCUCUCUGCUCGGCGGCUCUUCGUCUUCGGAGUCCUCCUACUCGGAGACUUCUUCCUCGGAGAGCUCCUCGGAGUCCUCCUCUUCGGGCUUGCUGUCCUCUGUGACAUCUUCGACCUCGUCCUCCUCCUCUUCCUCCUCCUCCUCCUCCAAAUCUUGCAGCUACGAUAUCUCCAGGUCCUGGGAGAACGACAUCCUCUACGCUGGUGUUGCUGCCCCCAAGACCGCCGAGACCGAUGCUAUCCAGCUUGGUCUCGCCCUGAACGCUGGAGCCUUCGCUGGCUCUAUCGAUCUGUCGGUCGAGGAUAGCUUCCUGCUCAACCCCACCGUCAAGGUUGACCUUGGCGGCGUUCAGACAUACCUUGAGGUGGCCCUCGAUGCCACUGCUGGCGUUGCCGAGUCCAUCGAGCUGAUGUCCGACCUGUCGCUUGAGCUUGCCGUCCCUGGCUUGGCUGAAAUUGACAUCGAGGCCGGUUUCGCCCUCGACUUGAUCUUCUCCGUCUCCGCUGCCAUCGACGUCGAGGCAAGCUUCAAUGUCUUCUUCCCCGAGGGCUCUUACAUCGAGAUCGACAUCCUCUCCAAGGAGAUCGUCAAGCAGGAGCUCACUGGCCUUGUUGUCGAGUCUAUCCCCUUGAACUUCGGCGCCGAGAUCUCCCUCGCUGAGGACAUUAAGCUCGACGUCGCUCUGCGCCUGCGUACCGGCCUUGCCAUCUCCUCCGAGGUUGACAUUGUCGGCCUCAACAUUGGUGCGGGAGCUGAGGUUGCCAUCUGGCUGGACAUCUUCAAAUACACCACUACCUUCUCUGAGGGCUCUUCCAGCAGCGAGUGCUCUGCUGCCGAGAUCUUCUCCUUGACCGCUGGUAUCGCCGUCGAGCUCGAUGUUGAGAUUGAGGAGCUCACCCUGGGUCUCGCUCCCUCCGUCAUCAUCACUCUUGCUUCUUCCACCACCACAACCACCACCGUCACCAUUGGCGAGGGCUCUCAGUGGCAGUGGGGCUGGAGGCAGACCGCCAACGGAUCUGGCUCCAACGGAUCUGGCUCCUCUGGAAACGGCACUGAGAUCGGAAGCGGAAGCGGAAACGGCGCCGGCUCGAUUGGCUCUGGCUCCGGCUCUGGCUCGUCUGGCUCCGGCUCUGGCUCGUCUGGCUCCAACUCUGGUGCUACUGGCUCUGGCUCUUCGGACUCCGGUGCUGACUCUGGAUCUGACUCCGGAUCUGACUCUGGCGCUGACUCUGGAUCUGACUCUGGCGCCUCUGACAACGGCUCUUCUGGCAGCGGUUCAUCUGGAUCAGGCAGCUCCGGAGAGGGUGCCGGCAGCGGUUCCCCUACCACAACCGUCUCUCUCACCGGAUCAGGAGCUGGCCGCCCGACUUCGAGCGCUGACGCCCUGGCCCACAGCGGCUCUGCCCUGCCUGAGGGCAUGACCACAAGCACUCUGACCACGACCAACACUUACACCAUCACCUCUUGUGCGGCCUCGGUCACCAACUGCCCCAACUCCUACACCCAGCAAGUUGUCACCUCCAUGGUCGUCUCCUACACCACCGUCUGCCCCGUCACUGCGACUCAGACCGGCCCCGCUGCCACUGGCGGAAGCGGAACCGGUGGUGUGCCAUCUGGCGCGGCCCCUACCUCGAGCGUUGCUGCUGUCACUGGUGGAUCUGCCCCCUCCCUGUCCGUCCCUGGCGAGGAGCCCGCACCUACCGCUGGCAGUGUCACUCCUCCUGCCGUGGCUACGACCGCAAACUCGCCCGUCAACGUCCCCACGCCUGCCACCCCCGUCAGCCUGACCCCCUACGCGACGCCAUCUACCUCUACUGAGGUUAUCCCAACGACUGUUACCACACCGGCACCCACCGUGGUCAUCACUGAUACGACUACCGUCUGCCCCGUGACCGCCACCCAGACCGGCAAGGGCUCCAAGCCCUCCGGAACCGGCGCCGUCACUGCUACCGGUGCUAAGUCUACCGCCCCCGUGUGGCCCUCUGGUGUUGCCGCGCCCUCUGGCUGGAACCGUCCCCAGGGAAACAACGGCACCAUCCCUCGUCCUACCGGACCCGCUGCCAGCGCGACUCCCCCUGCGGCCACCGGCGGCAACGGUGCCACUCCCUCUUCCUCUGCUAGCAAGCCCUCCGGCACCGCGGUCCAGGCUUCCGGUGCGGGCAAGGUCACUUUCGGUGUCCUGGCUGCCAUUGCGCCUCUGUUCGUCGCUCUGAUCUAA